CUGGUUGCUGCUUGCUAUCAACCCUAUAAGGGAAGUCGUGUAUUAUCUGAAUUCGGUAAACGGUGAAUGGACCAAUUAUCAGGCCAUGAAGGACAUCGUUGAUUUAUCAAUACAAGUGUUCCGAAGUCAACGGGACGCACAGGUAUCCCGAACUAAAUCUAGCAACAUUACUUGGAUCCAAGUGCAGUGUCCGCAACAGCGAAACAGUUACGAUUGCGGAUACUUUGUAUUGAGGUAUAUAAAAGAAAUCCUUCAGGCAAAUCAAUUAGAGAUUCCGCUCACGUACCUUGACGAAUUCCGUGCCGCUACAUACCCGAAACUUAAGUUGGAAGAAAUAAAAGAGGAUUUGAGUCAUUUUUACAUUAAGCACUUUUUCAUGAGAGAUCCGCCGGCAGUGUUGGUUGAUCGUCGCCGAAAUGAGGUUGUUGCUGUAGGAGCCGCGGAAUCGUGGUGCUGGGAUCGUCGUUAUGCAGAUCACGGCGUCGGAGUUGUGGUUAAACGGAAUGGAUCUGAGUUUGCGAUUUCGGUGGUGAAAGUAGUCGGUACCGUGUCAAAAUUGAGGCUACCGCGGUUGAGGUCAAAGGCCGGUGGAGGGUGGCCGUGA